AUGGGGUACGCGCGGACGGUGAAGGCGGCGGCGGCGGCCGCCGCGGCGCUGCUGACGGCCGUGGGCGUGCGGUUCGUGGGCCCCGCGGCGGCGGCGUUCGUGGCGGAGGAGCUGCCGAUCGCCCGCGCCGUGGCCGCCACCUGGCUCACGCCGCCGUACCUGUACCUCGUCAUCAACGCCAUCAUCAUCUCCAUCGCCGCCUCGUCGCGCUUCCAGCCGAGCGGCGGCGGACGGCUGCCGGCCCCUUUGUAUGCCCCCGCCGCCGACGCCGACGCCGACGCCAUCGGAGGAGGAGGAGUAGCGGGCGAGGAGAUGGUGCGGGAUGGGAUCCAGCCGGCGGUUGCGUUGCAGGUGCCUGCGGCGGUGCCCGUGGUGGCAGUGAAGGCCGCGGAGGUCGCUGCUGUCGAGGAGCCUGUGGUGGAGAUCCACACUGUUGCGGUGGCGCUGGCUUCGGCGCCGGAAGACGAGGUGGACCAGGACUUUUCGAUUUCGAGGUCGACCUGGACGCCGCGUCGGAGGGGCGCGGAGCCGGAGGUGGCCGCGGAUGUGGAGACUGAGGUGUCGUCGUUUGCCGACCUCACCAACUCCAGGGAGAAGGCGUUGGUCUCAGCGAGGUUCAGCAGGAAGGCGGCCAAACCAAGCCCCGAAGGUAGCAGGGCUCUGCGGGUAGCGCGGCCGCGGAAGGAGGAGACGCUGGAGAGCACGUGGAAGGCCAUCACGGAGGGCCGGGGGCCGCCGCUAGCUCGGCACCUCAAGAAGUCCGACACCUGGGACACCCGCCCGGGGCGCCGUCCGUCCGGCGGCGGCAGCAGCGGGGAGGUCGAUCCAGCGGCCGUCGCACCGGCGGGGGCGAUGCGGAAGGCCGAGACUUUCAACGACGCUGGUGGCGCCGGAAGGAGCAAGCCGACUCCCGCGCCGGUGCGGCGGGAGCCGUCGCUGGGGCAGGACGAGCUGAACCGCCGCGUGGAGGCGUUCAUCCACAAGUUCAACAUGGAGAUGCGGCUGCAGCGGCAGGAGUCGCUCAAGCACUACAACGACAUGCUUGGCAGGGGCAGCCGUUACUGA